AUGUCUUCUACGGUCGAGCCGACACUUGAGUAUCUAUUGCAAAUAUCGAGGCAAGCUGGGGACAUCAUUCGAGGCGCCUUCCACAGAGCAAAGCACGUCGAUUGCAAGGUCUCGGCCGCUGACCUGGUUACAGAGACAGACGUCGCAGUAGAGAGGUUCCUCAUUGGGGAGAUCUCUAAUAAGUUUCCAGAGGAUAAGUUCUUGGCUGAGGAAUCGUCCAGGGAAGAGGAUGAGCUUUCGUCUGAUCCAACGUGGAUCAUCGACCCGAUUGAUGGCACUACUAACUUCGUUUGUACUUUCCCCCAGUGUGCAUCUUCUAUAGCUUAUGCCGUUAAUAAGGAGAUCAAACUGGGGUGUGUGUUUAACCCAAUCACUGAUGAGAUGUGGUAUGCGAGCCUCGGGGGUGGUGCAUUUUACGUCCCUGCGAAAGGCUCGGAACCUGUCCGAAUUCAUACGUCUGGGAAGGCUAAGCUCGGAGACUGCCUCGUUAGCCUGGGUUUCAAUGUACCACUUUUACGAAGCGACCAGAGCAAUACUGAACGUGCGAGACGGAUCGCUGAUGUGGUAUGCAGGAAUCAUCGAUUCCUUAUGUACAAUUCUCGAGACAUUAGGAGGAUCGGAAGUGCUGCUAUUGACCUUUGCUAUGUUGCUAUGGGAAGGGAGGACUGUUACUUCGAAUUGGGCAUCAAGGAGUGGGAUAUUGCCGCUGGUGUGUUGAUCCUGUCUGAGGCCGGCGGAUGCUAUUGUCUUAUCAAUGGGGAAAAGCCAGAUGAUUUUCUCCAUCGGCGCCAAGUUCUGGCAUGUUGUUCGGAGGAAUUGAGAGAGGAAAUGAGUUCGAAAUUGGAGUACAUUGAUUGGUGGGAAGAUCAAAAAUGAAAUGUUGGUUUUUUAUUACGGUAAUGAUGGAUAACUGUCCGUACAUUAUAAGUGCCACUUCGGCUG